GGGGGAGGGAUCAGGAGAGGGGCGGGUCACACACAGGCUGCACCCGGGGCUCAGCAUCCUUUAGCGGGAGAGUCUGUCCUGCACCGGGACCGGUAUUCUGGGCUGACCCUGCGCGUCUCAUAUCCCGGCGGAGCAGCCUGACCACAGCGCGAGCGGUAGGACAAUCCUGUCGGGCGAAACUGACGAACCGCGAAUCCCCCGUAUUCAGGAUGGUGAUUUCUGCUCACUCGCUGGUAGUGUGGCUCCUCCCGGCUGGGGGUGUCUCUACUGAACCCCGACACAUCUGACACUCUCCCUCAUCUCCCACCCCUGCCGGGAGUCUGAUCUCCUCACCCCUCACCCCCCUCCUCCACUUCACCUUCUGCCAAAAACGAUGCUCUAAGGACCGAUCUGAGCAGGAUCUGCCCCCCCCCCCCAGCUUUAGCCCCAUCUGACCCCCCAGUGGAAGGAAGAAGAUGGGGAAGGACCAGGAGCUGCUCCAGGCUGUGAAGAGCGAGGACCUGGGGAUGGUACAGAAGCUGCUGCAGAGACCCAAGGCAGGCAAAGCCAAGCUUCUGGGUUCUGCAAAGAGAGUGAAUGUAAAUUUCCAAGACACCGAUGGAUUCUCUGCUCUCCAUCAUGCUGCCCUUAGUGGGAACACUGAGCUCAUCUCGUUGCUCCUGGAGGCCCAAGCUGCAGUGGAUAUGAAAGACAACAAAGGUAUGCGACCACUGCACUACUCAGCCUGGCAGGGCAAGAAAGAGCCAAUGAAAAUGCUUCUCAAAUCUGGCUCUGCUGUAAAUAUUCCAUCAGAUGAGGGACAAAUCCCUUUGCACCAAGCUGCUCAGCAUGGGCAUUAUGAUGUGUCCGAAAUGUUGCUGCAGCACCAGUCCAACCCAUGCAUCAUGGAUAUAUCAGGAAAGACUCCCUUGGAUUUGGCUUGUGAGUUUGGAAGAGUUGGGGUGGUUCAACUAUUGCUAAGCAGUAACAUGUGUGCAGCAUUGCUAGAGCCCAAGCCAGGAGACAGCACUGACCCCAAUGGAACUAGCCCCUUGCAUCUGGCUGCUAAGAAUGGUCACAUUGAUAUCAUCAGGCUUCUGCUACAGGCUGGCAUCGACAUUAACCGGCAAACCAAAUCUGGCACGGCUCUUCAUGAGGCGGCCUUGUGUGGGAAAACUGAAGUGGUGCGCCUUUUACUGGAUAGUGGAAUCAACGCUCAUAUCAGAAAUACCUACAACCAGUCAGCCCUGGAUAUUGUGAACCAGUUCACAGGAACGCAAGCUAGCAAGGAAAUCAAACAUAUGCUUAGAGAAGCUUCUGCAGCUCUGCAGGUCAGGGCAAUGAAGGACUAUUGCAAUAACUAUGAUCUGACCAGUCUGAAUAUAAAAAUGGGGGAUGUUAUUACGGUCCUAGAGCAGCACGCUGAUGGCCGAUGGAAAGGCUGCAUCCACGAUAACCGGACAGGAAACGACAGAGUGGGUUACUUUCCUUCAACCCUGGUUGAAGCCAUCAGCAGAAGAACAGGAUCCCGGGGGUCAGAAUCAAGCCCCUCGCAUUUGUCUCCAGGACCCACAUCUAUGACACCAACUGAGGAAAUCUGGGUACUAAGGAAACCUUUUGCAGGUGGUGAUCGGAGCAGCAUGGGCAGUACGGGAAGUGCCACGAGUGGCCGGAGUUCUGGCAGCGGGCAAAGUGCGGGCAGUGCCCACGCUAUUCACGCUGGUGCAGAGGGGGUUAAGCUGCUCGCCACUUUACUAUCCCAGAAGUCACUGGGGCAGGAGCCUGGAGAUGCCUGUGAGACCCCCGCAGGAUCUUCUCGGCCUCAGAGUGUUGCGAGCUCCCCUUAUAAUGAACAGGCAUAUAGCGAUCAUCCCAAAAAGAUGGAGCAUCAAACCGAAGGCAAGAGUUCCGAGGCUGUGUUCCAGUGGCUGUGCAAGUUCCAGCUCCAGCUAUAUGCACCAAACUUCAUCAACUCUGGGUAUGACAUCCCAACCAUCAGUCGCAUGACUCCCGAGGACCUCACAGCCAUUGGGGUGACUAAGCCCGGGCAUCGAAAGAAGAUCUUCUCUGAGAUCAACAACCUGAACAUAGGGGAAUGGCUUCCAGAAUAUAAACCAGCAAAUCUAUCGCUCUGGCUGACAAUGAUUGGGCUUAACCAGUACUACAAGGUCUUGGUAGAAAAUGGCUAUGAAAAUAUUGAUUUCAUCACAGAUAUCACUUGGGAAGACUUGCAGGAGAUUGGCAUCAUCAAACUCGGCCAUCAGAAGAAGCUGAUGUUGGCUGUGAAGAAGCUGGCUGAGAUACAGAAGGCAGAAUAUGGCAAGUUUGAUUCAGGAAGCAUAAGAAGGAGGGUUCCCCAAAAGAGCUUGGAUUCAGCAUCAGAUUCACCUCUGCCUGACAGUGCCGAGUGUCAGUCUCCCAAAAUGAAGACUUUCCAGGACAGUGAGAUAAGCGAUGAGUUGCAGGCAGCUAUGACUAGUGAGGCUCCGGAAGGCUCUGAGAAACAGAUUAACCAUGUUGCACACCACAGAGAGUGCCCUGGAUACAGAGGUCCAUCAAGAGCACAGCUGCACCACGAGAGCAGUUUGAGUGGCCGAGCUAGGCACAUCAGCAGCUCCCAGGAACUCCUUGGUGAUGGCAGCAAACCUACAAGCACUGUAAUGUCUAAAAGCCAAGAGUACUUAACAGAGGAGGUAAAAAAAGAGGUGGUUUUAAAAGAAACUAGGCCUUUUAAGCAGGGCCAUUCAGUGAAGAGAGCAAGUGUGCCCCCUGUGCCAGGGAAGCCACGACAGUCAUUCCCUCCCCCUGGUGGGCAAAGCUACACCCCACCUCAAACGCCUACCAAAGGAACUCCCUCAUCUCCACAGACUAUGGGUGUCCCUCAAGCCACAGCCAAAGUAAAACCCAUUCCUCAACUUCUUCCACCUUCCGACCGACCAAUGUCACCUCGCUCUCUCCCACAGUCCCCUACACAUAGAGGCUUUGCCUACGUUCUUCCACAACCUAUUGAGGGUGAAGGUACACCUACACAUUUGGUGCAGGCAGUGCCAGUAUUGCCAGUGUCAGUGCCUGUGUUAUGCCUGCCACCUGCUGGGAGUGAAGGAGAAGAUGAGGAAGAAGAAACAGGGGAGGGAGAACAUAGACGGCCCAAGAAACGGGCACACAGUCUCAACCGAUAUGCAGCCUCAGAUGGGGAACAUGAGGAGCUAUUGGUGAUCGAUGGGGGACCUUAUGGCACUGGACAAAGACGCGUAGGAAGAAGCCACUCGGUGAGAUCUCAGUCAGGCAAUGACACAAAUGUCAACCGCAGCCAGUCUUUUGCAGUGCGCCCCAGAAAGAAGGGUCCCCCUCCACCACCACCUAAACGUUCCAGUUCUGCCAUCUCUGGAACCAGUCUUGGAGAUGGAUUGUCUGCUGACGACGCAGGGGGUGGAAGUUAUCGUGAACAGAGGAGAGCUAGUGACUUUGGAGGAGUAAUUGACACUGAAAGUGCUGGCAGCGUAAGAAGCAUUGCAGCCAUGUUGGAGCUUUCAUCUAUUGGUGGAGGACCAAGGGCACUUUCUGGGCAAAGACCAAGAGGGUCGGAAGGCAUUUGUGCCCACCUCCUGCCCCAUCCAGGAAGCCCUGAGCUUCAACGAGUUCCAGGGAUUGUGAUAGGAGUAAAACAUCGUGAGGCAAUAGGGUUGGAUGGCGAGGUGGUAAAUCGCAGAAGAACCAUCAGUGGGCCAAUGACUGGACUUGUGGCUGCAGCUCGAAGGGAGCGUACUGAGCCGCCAAAGUCCCCAGACUCCCCACGCAGUCCCUCUGAGGGGAUCCCGUUUGCAGAAGAACGUAAACAGACUGUUAAAUAUCGUGCUCGGCCAGCCAGGAUGGAACAUACAGACUCAGUAGACUCUGGUGUUUCCAGACAAACAGACCUAUCAUCUGUUGAGUCCAGCGUGACCCUGAAACGGAGGGUGAGGGCCAGGCAGGGCCUACACUCGGGAGAUGUAAAAUUCCUGCUCACAGAAUCAGAUACAGUCAAACGCAGGCCGAGGGGUAGAGACAAAGACAGUGGGUUAGGCGUUGUAGAACCAUUGACAGUUUUCCAGAAUGGCACAGGUACACUGAAGCGCCGUCCUGUCUCAGAGAUGAGUGCAGGAGGAAGGCAAGACAGCACAGAACACAUAGCACAGACCCCAGAACGCACCAUCAAACCCCCAGUCUCACCCAAACCCACCAUCAUACAGACUGCUGGAAAGAGUCACCCACCUUGUACACCCACAGCUGCAAAGAAGAUCCCUGGAGCUGUUGGAGAAUUAAAGAAGGGCACACCACCUCCAGUCUCCCCUAAACCCACACCUCCCCCAACAGCCCCCAAACCGGUCAAACCCCAUGCAGUCAUUCAAUCAUCAAGUGCAAGCUCAACUCCAGCCCCCUCUCCAGUCAAGCAGCCCAACAACAUCAAGCCUUCAAGCACUCCUCCAUCUCUCUGCUCCAGCCCUGCCAAACCCUUUAGUCCAGGUCACCCAUUGCAGGUGCCCAUCAAACCCCCCAGACUAUCUAUAAGCAGCUCUUCCGUUGAAGGAGGGAGCAGUGAGGCUGCACAACAGAAGUUGGAAGAAACCAGCGCUUCCUUAGCCGCUGCACUACAAGCCGUGGAGGAAAAGAUUAAACAGGAAGAUGCACAGAAAGCUUCUUCCCUGGAAGAGAAGAGCACAGUCAGUAUCCUGGAUGACAUAGGCAGCAUGUUCGAUGACCUCGCAGACCAGUUGGAUGCCAUGUUGGAGUGAGGCACUGACAUGUUUGUGUUCUGGUAUUCUCAAGACAAGAUCACAUUCUCUGCUUCCUGCCUCCUCUCGCCUCGCCGGGUCCUGUAGAGACCUCCUCCUCGGAUACAUUUCUUCAGUCUGCCCCCUGUCCCUGGAACACACACACUUGUAAACUUAGCACAAACAAGCAAUGACGAAUACCUCAGGAUUGUGCUCAGACACUAAGGGGGUCAGCUCAGGAAGGCUGUGAAUGAUGUGUGAUGAUGCCAGUGUACCUUCAGUGUCUGCUGGAGAGGAUAACUACAGCUUCAGGACUUGCUUUGCAAUGCAGGUCACACACACAGAGUCCUAAUCCCGGCUGAGAUUGUUACUGUGCAUUGGAUCAUUGGAUCACAGCAACCACUGGAACAAAAUCAUUAGCCAAAUUGAUCCAAGGCAGAACUCUUCCUCUUUGCAUCUUUCCCUGGAGUUGUUAACAUGAACAUGGUGCCAACAAGUUAAAUACAUCUACUAAAUAAUUACAAGACCCUGCUUAACCCUUUGAGUGCCGCCCAUAUGGACCGCAAUCGUAUGGACACAUAAAACAUAAUGAUACGGUACAUCCUUGUCAGCCCAGUAGAUUCUACAGUCCACAGCACUUACAGAGUUGAAUCUUAAUUACAUGGUUGUUAUCAGUGUCGGACUGGCCCACUGGGAUACCAGGAAAACUCCCGGUGGGCCCAGGUAUCAGUGGGCCCUUCUGCUCACUCAAUUAUUUGCCUUGUGUGUGUGUAUCGCAGCUAUUUCCCCAUUUCUAAGAGAGAAGAGAGGAAAUGGAGGGAAGAAUGGAUGAUAAUACGUAAGAAGAGAAGUGAUUAAAAUAAUAAAGAAAGGAAAAAUAAUUUGGAGAGUGGGCCCCGCACUCAAAGGUUUUCUGGUGGGCCCCAGGCAUUCCAGUCCGACACUGGUUGUUAUUACAUGAUGCCCAGCAUUUCACUUGUAUAUGAAGGCAUGCACUUUCAUAGCCCCAAAGGGCAGAGCCAGGGGCAUAACUACAGAGGAAGCAGACCCUGCAGCUGCAGGGGGCCCAGGAGGUAUAGGGGCCCCAUGAGACCCUAAUUAAUGAGCAACAUGGUAAAACAGGACAACCUCUGUAUAUGCUGGGGGCUUUAAAAUGAAUUUGCUGUGGGGCCCAGUAACAUCUAGUUACGCCACUGGGCAGAGCAUUUUACCUAAGCACAGACAUGCUGCAAUACCACCAUACUGCCCUGGUAACACUACACAUUGAACUAACACAGCAGCUGUUCACUACAUUAACAACUACAGUCUGAACCAAUCAUUCCUGCUGAAUCAGCCUGUGCUGUCCCCAUAAUGGCCUCGAUAACAUUUCUCUUACAUUCCAUUGCAGGAUUGCUGCCCCCCUUGUCUUCUAAAAUGAAUGCGCUCAGAAGCUUCCAGACCCCCCCUACACUACUAUUUAACUCAUCAAACA